AUGGCCAGGAACCUUCGCUCCAAGAUGCCUCGCGCCGACCCUCUCUUCGUUCUUGAUAUCAGUCAAGCUACGUUGGACAAGUUUGUUGAGGAGACUGGACAAGAUGCAGCAAGCGCAGGCGUGGAGGAGGGCGCUUGCCAAGUACAAGUUGCCAAGAAUGCCAGAGAGGUUGCAGAGAAAGCAGACAUUAUCAUUACCUGCCUUCCUACCGUCAAAAUGGUCAAAGACACAUUCGCUCCCAUGAUCAAGGAGGGUUCUCUACCGGAGACGCUACAGAGCCGUUUCGUAGACGCCCCAGUCUCAGGGGGGGCCGUUGGCGCCCAGGCCGGGAAGCUGUCGUUCAUGUUUGGGACGGAUGUAGACUCUGAAGGCUUAGUCGAUUAUCUCAAGUCCGUCCUCUUACUGAUGGGCACCAAGGCUUGGCACAUGGGAGGGCAAGGGUGCGGCGUAUCUGCAAAGUUAGCUAACAACUAUAUCCUGGCCAUCAACAACAUUGCCGUGAGCGAGGCGUUGAACAUGGGCCGCGAGUGGGGGCUCGACCUCCACAAGCUGACGGAGCUGAUCAACUCUUCCAGGGGACAUUGCUGGCCCGUAGAGGUCAACAACUCCGUCCCCGGCGUGGUGCAAGGCUCUCCAGCCUCCAAAGAGUAUACGCCGGGCUGCCCGGUGAGCAUGAUUAACAAGGACCUGGGGCUUGCCAUGUCUGGGGCGUCGGACGCAAAGACUCCGCUGUUGCUGGCUGAGACGGCUCGCGAGGCUUACAAUAAAGUGGACGGGGAGUACCAAGGUCAGGACUUUUCGGUCGUGUAUCAGUACCUCAGCCGCAGGUCUUCUGCCUAG